UCAUUCACUUUCUAGUUCCUUCUCCUUCUCCUCUCUCAGAAAUUCACACAGAACCCAAUCCCAAAUCCAAAUCCAAAUCCAAAUCCCAUUUUCAAUUUCGAUUUCAAUUUGGUCACUCCAGAAUGACGGACAGAGUCUACCCGUCUUCCAAGGUGGCCACAAACGGCGCCGCGAACGGCGCCACCGCGACCACCACCGCCGCCAACCCCACAGCCACCAAGCCACAGCCUCUCCGGCAGCCGUACCGACCUCAGCCGCAGUACCGCCACCGCCGCAACCGCCGCAGCAACCGGAGUCUCUGCUGCUGCUGCUGCUUCUGGUCGAUACUGAUAUUCCUGAUUGUGGCUCUCCUCGCCGCCAUCGCCGGCACGGCCCUCUACGUCCUCUACCGUCCUCACCGCCCCGAGUUCACCGUCACGGCCCUCAAAAUCGGGAAGCUCAACCUCACCGACAACCCCGACGGCGCCAGCUCACACCUUGUCACACGCUUCAACCUCACUAUCGCUCCCAAAAACCCGAACAACCACCUCAGCUUCGCCUACGACUCCUUCGCGCUCACUCUCUCCGCCGCCAACAACGACGUCGUUCUCGGAAACGGCUCGAUCCCGGCGUUCUUCAGCGACACGAAGAACUUCACGUCGUUCCGGUCGAUCAUCACCACGGCGAGUGACCUCGAUUUGGAGUCGGUCAAGUCUCUGAGAUCGGAUCUGAAGCGGAAGGGCGGGGUUCCGAUGAAGUUGCAGAUGGACACCAAGGUGAAGGUGACGGUGGGAGGGAAAUUGAAGAGCAAGAAGGUUGGGAUUAGGGUUACGUGUCAGCAAAUCAGAGGGUUAGCACCGAAAGGUAAGUCUCCGUCGGUGGCUUCUGUUGCUGACUCCCAUUGCAAGGUUGAUCUUCGGAUCAAGAUCUGGAGAUGGACCUUUUAAUCAUUACCUAAUUGCUCCUCUUCUCUAUAUCAUUAAUUCAUUGUCAUUUUUUUUUCUUUUCAACGCAACUUUGAAUAUUUUUUUUUUCUGGGUUUUUUUCGAGGAUAUUGUAAACGUUAUUAUAUUCACAGAUCAAGAAUUGGUCGAGGAAAAUUUUAAGAGUUUGAUUCGAUGAUUCAUACUUCAUAUUAUUAGGAUUAAGCGCCACUUUCAUCUUUCUCUGUUUCGACUUUCGAGUUUGUGCUACAUUGUGUCCCUCUGUAAUUGCCUUCCAAAUUUGUCUUGGUAUUAUUCAAAAAUUGGCCAGAAUCACCAAAAUGGCUUAUUUUUCUUUCU